AUUGCCACAUUGCCCUGCCUGUGCUGCAAUCAACCGCAUAAAGGCGCUCACACAGUUUGUAGAGCGCGGACAUUCUGGCGCUCGCGAAUUGACAGCCGUGAUCCACAGCUGAAAGAGCAAGCAGUUGAAUGCUGGAGGUGCAUCCUACCACCCAUGCAAUGUGGUCCUCAGUGCCAGCAUUGCCCAGGCAGGGCGAUGCUCCCAAUCUGUUGAGCACCAGGGUGGCAGUUGGGAGCGAACAUCAGCCGCCUCUUGCACUCACAAAACGCUGGUUUUUGCAGCCACCACCAUUUGCUGAUUGCAGGUGGUGUGGUGGCUUGACCGGGAGCUUGCGCCUUGGUUCUGCUGGCCGCUCAUUCAGGCAGCUCCAGAAGCUCGCUUACUUCUCCCGUGCGCCAGGGUGGGAGCCAGAAAAUGGAGACAAUGAGAGCAGGUAUCGCCAAAGCAGCAAAGACGGUCAAGCGCCCCGGGGCCAGCGCUAUCCAGCAUCUGAUGGAGGUGGUGGUAUGCGGAACGUCGACGAGUUUUUUGACAGGAGGCAGUCUGGGUAUGGGAGAAGAAGGGGCACUUUUGAUGGCGAGCGAGACGGGAGCGAUGCGCCCUGGGAGGCACAAGACGAAUCUGACGGGAGGCCGGCGCGCGGGAGAUCUGGCAGAGGUGCAUACCGAGGCGGGCGGCCAUCGGGGAGAGGUCGGGGAAGAGGUCGGGGCCGGGCGGAAGAAUCUUUCGGAAGGGGACAGUCAUUUGACUUCGAGAGGGAGCGUGGCGAUCAGUUUGACGGCCCGACUGGACGAGGCGGCCGAACUGGCAGGGGUGGUGGCAGAUCCGGGGGCAGAAUGUUCAACAGGGGGCGUGGCGGCCGGUCAGGGAGGGGAGGCACGUUUGAUGAGCAUGAGAGGCAGGGGUAUGGCUCAGAUUCGGGCGGGCGGGGGAGAGGGCAGUUUGAGGAAAGAGUGGGGGGGAGAGGACGGGGAUCUUACGGUGCGGGGGGUUCGGAGGAACCUGGGGAAAGGGGCAAUGGGGGAAGCGUGCGACAACAAACCGAAGUGGCGCUUUCCCGCUUGA